UCUCCGAUCCAUUGUUGUACCGCUGGGUCCUUCCAGCAGCUCCAGUCCAGAGCAAAGCCAAAGCCACGCUACGUACUAUAAAACGCCACGGGACAGGCCCUCUGCAGCAGAGCAGGGAUGGGCUCGAAGCAGCAGCCCGCGCUCCGGCCGACCGCCACCGAGAGAGGCUGCGGCGGCUACGGCAGGGCGGCGUCGCUGAGUGAGCGGUCGAGCCUCACGAACGCGUCCUUCAGGGUGUACUACAGCCUGCGCGCCGGCGCCGUGCCGUUCCUCUGGGAGUCCGCGCCCGGCACGCCAAAGAGGGACGCGGACGCCGUCUCCCCGGAGUCGCCCAUCUCCACCACCACAUCGAGCGGUGGGGCGGCGAUGCUGCUUCCGCCCCUCUCGCCGCCGCCGUCAUACCACUCGCGGUUCCAGCGGAAGGGGAGGAGGUCGUCGUGGACGGCGGCGGCGGGUGGCAUCGUGAGGGCGCUGCUCGGCGUGCUUGGGCUCAGGAAAAGCCACCGCCGGCGUCCCGCCUAGUCGUCGUGUCUUUUUAAACUGCCGACGUUGCAACUUGUGUGUUUGUACUAGUAGGUACAUGCUGGCGUCAUCGUUAAACAACACGAGCGAUUAAUUAUGGACACCACGUGGAUCACUUUUGCUAUGUUCUUCUUUAAAAACAAUUGACUUCUGCUUUACAUUCUAUCCUUAUGCAAGUUGUCCG